AUGGCUGGCCCUCCUGUGGAUCUGUCGUUUAAAAACCUCAGCGACAUGACAGCUGCAGUGUUAAGUAAACCUCAACGUGGCCUACGACCCAUAAGGACUAACUCAGAAAUGAAGUACCUGAGCAGCUCCUUGCGUCUCUGUUACAAUCAAAUCAAGGACAUCGCGGGCCUCCAGUCUGUAGUCAGCCACUUCCUAGCCAAGCCGACAAAGCUCGCCUGGUUGGACCUCUCCUUCAACAAAAUCGCUAAAUUAGACCCAGUUUUGUGCGAACUGCGUGAGUUACGCAUGUUAAACCUUCAUGGUAACAACAUCUCGAAGCUGUCUGAUGUCGACCAGCUUGGAGUGCUGCCAUACCUGCACACCAUCACACUGCAUGGAAAUCCCAUUGAACAAAUCAAAGGCUACAGGAGACAUGUGAUUGCUGCCCUGCCUCAAGUGAAGAAGAUGGAUUUCAAUGUUGUGACAAAAGAGGAGCGGGUGUUAGCGAACAUUUGGAGAGACUGCAGCAAAGCUGGAAAAGAGCAGCCUCCAGUGGCUCAUACCAAGCCAUUUAUUAAAGAGUGUACCAUGAAGUGA